CAUAAUCUUUAUUGUGAUACUGCUAAUAUUCUUGGACAUUCUUUUAAAUUAAGGUUGUCGAAUUUUGGAAAACCACCAAGCCCUUUGCAAGUCGUGGAAAUGGAAAGCUGUCUAAAUGAGAUUGACUUUGUCAUUCUGGAGGAAGGUGUCAUUGCUCAGGAUGUCAUUGCCCAGAAGAUCAAUGAGAAAAACCCCACAGAUGACACAGAUGCCUUCUACGUUGCUGACCUUGGUGAAAUUAUAAACCAACACCUGCAGUGGCAGAAGGCGCUGCCUCGAGUCAAGCCUUUCUAUGCUGUGAAAUGCAAUGACAACAAACCGGUGGUUUGGACUCUUGCUCAGUUAGGGACCGGCUUUGACUGUGCCAGUAAGAAUGAGAUUGCAUUGGUGCAAGAUCUUGGGGUCCUCCCAGAGAGAAUUAUUUAUGCAAACACCUGCAAGGAGAUAUCUCAUGUUAAAUUUGCUGCCGCCCAUGGGAUCCAGAUGAUGACAUUCGAUAAUAAGGAUGAAAUUUCCAAAGUUGCACGGAUCCAUCCCACAGCUAAGAUGGUUCUUCGCAUUGUCACAAAUGAUGCUUUGUCGUGUAUUCCCCUGAGUGUGAAGUUUGGGGCAACUUUAAAUGAAUGCAGACAGCUGAUGGAAUGUGCUAAAACCUUGAGUGUUGACAUCAUUGGUGUCAGUUUCCAUGUUGGGAGUGGCUGUAUGAAUCCGCAGGUAUUUGCUCAAGCCAUAGCAGAUUCACGUCGAGUCUUUGAAAUUGGGACGAGCCUUGGAUUUAACAUGAAUCUGCUUGAUAUUGGUGGUGGUUUCCCAGGCAUGGACAAUGACAAAAUAACAUUUGAGAAGAUUACAGCAGUAAUCAAUCCUGCACUGGACCAUCACUUCCCUGCAGCAAGUGGAGUCAAGAUAAUUGCUGAACCAGGCCGUUAUUACGCAACAUCAUCAUUCACACUGGCUGUGAAUAUCAUUGGUAGAAAAAUUAUUCAUAGAGCUUCAACUGACUCCGAUGAUAAACAGAGGACUGUAAAAACCAUAAUGUACUAUUUAAACGAAGGUCUGCAUGGGUCUUUUAAGUACUGUGAAUUGCCAUAUUAUCUAUCAAAACCAAUACUAUUUAAGAAACUCUGCCCUGACCAACAACUGUUUAACACAAAGGUUUGGGGACCCACCUGUGAUGCAUGGGAUUGCCUCACUGAUCAAUGGAAGCUGCCUGAACUGCAGAUUGGAGAAUGGCUGCUCAUCCAAAACAGAGGAGCUUACUCUGUCACUAUCUCGACCACAUUCAAUGGCUUUCAAAGAACCACAACACACCAUGUAAUCUCCAAGGAAGCCUGGUAA